GACCAUAACAACUACUUAGGUAGAUCAUCAUCCUGAGAUAAACACAAUCGUGACCGACAUCGUGACCUAUCAUCGAAUAUGCCCCCGUUAGAGGAGAAACGUUGUAGAAUUUGCCAGAAAGUAUUCUGUUGCGUGGAUUGUCGAAAGGCGCAUCAAACAAAACGACAUUCCGAGCUGAAUCACGACUGUCCAAUAUGUAUGGUUCAGAAAUUAGCUCUACCGAAGUGCUAUGAAAACUCGGAAUUAUUGUAUCAUAUAGCCAUCACUCAUCUACCACUGAUAUGUACGCUUUGUGGUGAAGAAUACAAGAAGUACAAAGACUUGGUGCAAGCUGAAAAGUGCACCUGGUGGAUGGAGCGUAGCCAACAUCUACUCCGUCGAAGUAUUCCAUUUCCAAAGUCAUUACCAGUAUUGGAUACACCGUCUCCAUUAAACGACAUUCAGAAACAUUCCGAAUCGGAUAUAAAGAGACUAUCCGUUGAUAACGAACGCAAUCGUGGCUUUGGUAACUUCACCUCUCCUCCAGAGCUAUCGAGGAACACUAGUACACCUAUGCACAUAGCUUGUGCAAACAAAACUAAUUAUCCACAAUUUAAGACUCCUAAUGUACCAAACUUUUCUCUAAAAACGCCGAAUACGCAGACUCCAGCAUCUUCCAUGUCUUCAACUUACUACGACGCAUAUUCUUUACCUACAAGAGACGAUCUGGAGAAAGACGACACGAAAGGGACUACUCGUAGUGCUUAUCUCACCGGUCUUUCUUCGCUGUCGAAGUCACAAUUAUUGGAUGACAAUUUUAAGUUGUUGGACAUAAUCCGAACUCCUAGUGCCUGUCAUAACAGUGAAUAUCAAAAGAGCAGUGCUACCAGAAAAUUGGAAGUAAUGAGGGAAGCAGAAGAGCCAAACCUUUCCGAAGCUGACAUGGAACUAACCGAGAUUCAAGGAGCCAUCAUAGAUUCCAAUCCGACGGACGAAGAGUCCAGUGAGUCCCUAUCAAAAAUCAGUCGUAUAAGCGAACGCAGGGAAUCCAUUAAAAAAGUCCGUUUCUCUGAUCAAUUUCUUGCCAAAACAGAGACCAGUAGCAGCGUCGGAUAUAAUGUAACUGAAAAUGAAAUAUUCUUUGAGGCCAGAGAGUCAAUUUCAGAGAUAGCUGUUGGAAACCAAGAAGAAAACCCGCCGCAGGAGGACGUUAACGUGAAAAGUAAAGGAGAUAGCAACGCGGACGCGAAAACCACUGAAAAUCUGAGCAACGGCAAUGCGGCUCAUCCAAUUUCUUGUCGGUCUGGACAAUCACGGGUCGUCAUGAUGUUAUUGUUGGAGAACAAUGGUAGCUUAAACACCACGGAUUUGGUUCCGUUGAUUGACUCCAGUCUUAAAAAGUUGGAGCAGACUGCGGCGAUUGAGUUAAAUGCUAUGAAUCGGACGGAUGCGACUUCGUCGAAACAUAUGAGGACCAUUACCUCGUCAGACCGCUACGUUAGCGUUUCUGCCGUAGAGAGAACUACGGGCCACAAUUCCGCGUUAUCAAUGUUCGGAAUCCCUAGGAUAUUAUCAACGUCGAACGAGGAAACAGGCUCCAAAGGAAUAUUCUCGGCUGUGGCACGUGCAGUCAAGUGUGCAAUAAAAAAUCUAUCCGGUUCCAGUGUACCGUCGAGCGCUUCGAGGAGAACGGCUGUGCAAAAUGAAAAUGCCGAUCCAGCGUCGUCUAUUUCAUUACCAUCGACUUCUCUUGGAAACGUUUUGACCGACGCCACCUCAUCCGUCCUUAACCGACCCGGAAAGAGAUCCAGGGAGCUUAUCGAAAGCCCACCUGCAAGGUCCUCCGCAAAUUUAGGUCCUCAGUACGAAACUACAAACAGUCCUGCUACGAAAAAACACCGUACUUGGGUUAAAAUCAAAUGUAGAGAACCCAUCGCAAGAAUGAGAGGUAAUCCUUCGGAGAACGAUCAAGCGGCGAAUCCAGUCUCGACGAAAAGUGCAUCUUCCGAAACUCAAAGCUUUCAACAGGGACCUCUUAAAGUUGCAGACCCUCUACUUCCGAUACCACCUCGAGCGCAUCAAUCUACGCAGACUGAGUGAUAGAUUCGCAUACCUUAAAUUAAUCUAUACUAGUCGACAGGUUUUAAUUUAAGUUUAGUAUGUUAUUAAAAUUCGUAAUCGCUUAGCACGGCCCCACAUAUUUAUCAUUUUUCAUAGAGUAAUUCGUUUGUAACUAGUAACGCAAUAUGUGUUUCGGUAUAAAAGCACUACAGAUAGGAUCAAGUAUUUGUUAACACUAAAAAAGAGUUACGUUUAUCAACAUUUUUAAUGUAUUUGAUAAUUUGGAGCGAGACUGCGUAUACCGUUCUUCAACUAUCUAAUACGAGGUGGUUCCUUAGCGUAAUCUUAAUAAAAGGUCGAUUGAAAUCAAUUGCGAUUAGAGGGAGUUAAUCGGGCCUUUUACAUUACGAGGUUCAACAUCCUCUCCUCGCAUUUAUUUUUGUCAAUCAUUUACCACUGGAUUAUUCAAAUUUUAUUCCGAAGCUGCUUCGUCCCGCUUAAAUACAGAUUAUUAUAUUAAUAUCUCUGUGAUUGAAAAUCGCAUCGGUUCGUAUCGUGAAAAAUAGAAUUCUGUAAACAGCUCAGUGAAUCCAACUUUUAUCGCACAGCGAACUCGGCAUAUCCCACUCGGCCGACAAGGAAUUCGUUGGCGAGCUUAACGUCAUCAUCAAUACAAUUACCAUCUUUUUACGCGGUUACAAAUUUAAGGUGUACUAUUUUUUCUCACUUUUCCAAAUUGUAAAUGGCUAUUGUUACCGUUAUACAAGUACGAACGGCAAUGUCAUACGUACAUUACUAACUUCCUUCAUAAAACAGGUUCAAGGAUUCGUCCUUUGGUAGAUUAUGAGAGUACGCUUCACAUUCAAUGCGCGUUAUUGAAACAAUGGUGACAUCGCAAUUGGUGUCAUUGACGACGCGACGUAUUUGGUGUGGUCAAUUCUUUAAUGGAAUUGCGCGAUAAUACUUGGAGCAUAUCAAAUUCUAAUUUGUUCGUCGAUACUUAUUAUUCGCUGCGACUGAAAAAUAUUUCCCUUAAAUGUAAAUAGAAGAUGUAAGGUGCAAAAUUAAUUUAAGUAGAUGCGCAUCGAAGGCGAGUUUAGAAGGAAUUUUGGCAAAGCAGACUUUUCGAAAUCGAGCGGCAAUGUGCGUGCAAUGUCGGUUAAUAAAGUAAAUGUAAAUAAACAAUGUAAAGUACGAAAUUGGUCCUAGUAGAUGCGCCUCGAAUGCGAGUUUAGAAGGAAUUUCGGGAAAGCAGACUUUUCGAAAUCGAGCGGCAACGCGCGUGCAAAGUCGGCUAUCGGUGAAAUGCCUGAGAACAAAGCCAACGUGGGGGGGCUUCGUUUUUUUACUCGUUCCGGUUCGAAAGGAACCGUCCACCAAUCGUGUUCUCAAUAGAAGAUGAUUUACCGAGGUACACCAGUAGUUUGUCUGGUUCGUGCGAUCGAGCGAGUCGACGUGGAAUCGUCACGCCGAUUAGAUCCUAUCCGAUCGAAGGUAUGAUCUCUCAUUUCUAUUCCUUCACUGAGUACUUCCUAGCUCUUGAUAACUUGUAAUCAUUACAAAAUAUGCCAUAUUCAAGUAAGCCCACGUACCCAGUUGUAUAUAAUUGAAAUGUUCCCCUCCCAGAGAAUUUGAAAAUAAGGAGCGUUAUCUCGCUGCAAAGAGUCAUACGUCUGAACCAGACACUGAUUACGAUCGACAUUUUUUUCUUUGACCGAAAAUUCCUUGACUUACAACCAAUACGUCCUCGAUCGAACUUCACCUAAAUUUUUCUGCCGCUAUUUUGAAAAGAACGCUUACCAAAUUGGUCUCAAGAUAAGGAAAUCAAUGGCAUAAAUAAUAGCGGAUAGGAAAUAGAUAAGCAAAUUAAUGGAUGUAAAUUCUACGUAUGUAUACGAAAGAAAACCGGGAUUUAAUUGUAAGACGGUAUACGAAGACAGAGUGAAUAAAUCGGAAUUUCAAACUUUAUAUUUAGUUAAGUACCGUGUCUAGAGAUUAACGCAAGAGAUACACGUUUCCUUGACUACGUACAUAUGUAUACUCGGGCUCAUUAUACACACGUAAAUAGUUAUCGGGUAUGUAAGUUCGAAUCUUGGAGUGUAAGAACUCGAGUGGCCUUCCAAGAGUCGGUCGAUGAAUCGGUAACCACGCGCUUCCAUGAGUACGUACAAGUAACGAGUUGGAGUGCAGUAUUUGUUUGAAACCGGUAGAGAGAAGUCAUAUAUUGUGAAGUGUUAGAUACAAUAAAUGACACGGUGAUACGUGUGCGUGCCCCUAAACGUUUCCGUGACACCUGAUUAUCGCGAUAGAAAUUCAACGCGAGAUAAGUGGAAUCGCUCUUAGAUUUAUCAAUUAAGUCGACCUCUUAUCGCGGUGAAAAUUUAUUCCGUUUUUCCUACUUGCCCGCACUGCAAACGCGUGUGUAUGCUUCAAAGUUGAUAGUUCCGUUUUUCAAAAUAGUUGUAAUUGAAUACAAAUAAGGCAAGACUAAGAAAUGGCACCACGGUAAAUGUCCAUUCCUUAAAACGCGGAUCGUCGCGCAAAGUGUGCCUGUUAAUUCCAAUUACCGUAAUUGUAGCUGUUAUUUCCGAUUACCCAUCCGUGACCAGUGGAUAUGUAAUUUGUUAUUUGCCCCAACGUUGAUGGCGAGUCCAGAUAUUAAGUUUCGUUGGUAAGAUGUGACAAUAAGACACGAUGCGAUUAAACGCAUUCCUCGAUCAGCUGAUAAAACGAUAUUCUCCCCGCCGUCAAAGAUUGUCAAUUGAUACAAAUUAAAAGACACUGGAUUAACACCGACGUGAAACAUUAAAAUGGGCCAUUAAUCUUAACAAUUGCUGAUAACCGGUAUUUAAAUGUUACUUUUAUCCGCCUUUUUCCGUCUUCGCCUCGGCUACUCUUUCUCAUUUUUCCGGCGAUUAUGUGCGAUGGAGAAUAUAUCAGAUAUCUCGAUAUAUUGUAAAUUGCUACCUGCAAUAAAUUCGGAGAAUGGGACAAGUAA